CACAGGCGGCAGGACACACGGCUCUGACGCACGGCUCUGGCUCCAGGCGCGUCCCAGCAGCAGCUCCUGAAACAAUCUGCCAUCUAAAACCACAAACUCAACCAACCAAAGCUUUUUUUUUUUACAACGAAAACCUGUUGAACUUUUAAAAACUUCCACUAUUUGAAGGAAAAGGUCUUAACAGGAAACGCUCCGGGGGUUGGCAAAGUUUUCCUCACCUCACGAACCAACAGUCUGCAGAUUCAACAUGUUUGAGAAGCAGCACUACGACAGCCCGCCUGUGUAUACUCCGCCUUCUAACCAUGGGUACGGACCCCCGGGCAGCUUCCAGGACCCACAGAGCGACUACAACCCCUACCCGCCUCCACCUGGCUCCUACUACAUCGAAGACAAACCCCAGCACUUUUACAAAUGGCUUUCACCUCCUGGGAUUAUCAAAGCGAUGAUGGCGACUGUUAUCGUCCUGUGCGUCGCCAUAUUUGCCUGCGUCGCUUCUACCUUGAUGUGGGAUAUGCAGAUGGGAUAUGGCGGUAUGGGGUACUACGGAUCGGGAAUGGGGUACGGAAGCGGGUAUCCGGGAGGUGGUUACGGUUCGGGCUACGGGAGCUACGGGAGCUACGGUGGGAAUUAUGGGAGUUACUACGGUUCCUACAUCUCCCCGUAUUCGGCCAAAACGGCAAUGAUCGCGAUGGCGGCCAUUAACUUUAUCAUAGCUUUGGCGUUUUUCAUCACAAGCUUCUCCAAGUCUCCCACCGUGCGAAGUCGGAAGUACUUCCUGGGUCUACUCAUAACGAGCAUCAUCAUGAGCAUACUACAGGGCAUCAUCAGUAUCGUGUACAUCGUUGGAGUAAACCCAAUGUCUCAGGGUACCUCCAGUAUGAUGUACAACCCAAUGCUGAUGAUGUGUCAGUCCUUGUACCAGAGCGGGUACUCCUCGAUGGGAGGGGUCGGCGGCUUCCCCAUGUACAACCAGUACCUCUACCACUACUGCUUCGUCGACCCACAGGAGGGAGUUGCUAUGGUUUGCGGCUUCCUUGUUUCCGUCGCUUUGGGAGUCGCAGCUUUCUACGCUCACAAAACCAGAGGAAAGAUUUGGCGCUACGGAAAACCCAACAUUUACUGGGAAGAGCCAUUGGUCGGAGGGAAGGCUUCGGAGGGCAGGGAUGUAGAGGAGUGGGUGAACAAUGUGGAGGAAAACCGCAGUAUUCAGGACGCUCCCACUCUGCUGGUGUCCGAGAAGGGGGCGGGACUUCUCAACGCCUCAGCCAAUAGCGUCAUGUCGUACCCCGCGGCCUCUUUUGAUGACGACACCUACCUCAGCAACGAAUACACGGAGAGACUGAACCGACCCUCUGAAGUGUCCCAGGGCCGUAUCAGCUCCAGCCCCUCGGAGGAGACCGGGACUCGAAGACCCUCCGCCAACCGAGGCAAGAGGCGCAGACGCAACCCGGAUUGGGACGAGUCACAGUACGAGACCGAGUACACCACGGGAGGAGAGACCGGCAACGAGCUGGACAUGGAGGAGCGGGACAGGAUGUACCCAGAGAUCACCUCGGAUUCCCAAAGACAGGAAUACAAGAAGGAGUUUGACGCAGAUUUGAAGGAGUACAAACGCAUGUGCGCGGAUAUGGACGACAUCAACGACCAGCUGAACAAACUGAGCAGGCAGCUGGAUACACUGGAUGAGACUUCAGCCAAAUACCAGGCUGUUGCAGAGGAAUAUAAUCAGCUAAAAGACCUGAAGCAGACGCCAGAAUACCAGUUGAAAAAGAAACAGUGCCGCAGACUGAGGCAGAAACUGUUCCACAUCAAACGAAUGGUGAAAAACUACGACAAGAGCCACUCGUGAAGCCGGCGUCCCGAGAGAUACGAACAAAAUCUACUACACUCCCCCUUCUUCAGAGACCAGACCAAAGUAACACUACCACUGUGUUUGCUAAAGCUAACACGAGAGACAGCUAAACACGAGCUAGACAAAAACAGGGCUUCAAGCUGUAUCACUGCCAAACUCACGGCUCUAUAUUAUGCAAAAAACGACUUUUUACAACUACUACUUUUUACUUUAUAAAAUAGUUUUGUAUUCAAAAACAGAACUCAAGUGUUUCAUUCGUGCGUGUGAAUAUUUAGUAUCAAAACACUACUACUUUUCUCAUUUGUUUUUCUGUUUUUAACUUGUUCUGUGAAGUGUCCUUGGCUGUUUUGAAAGGCAUUUAUAAAAAGUGUAUUAUCAUUGUUAUUAUGACACUUUUGACGUCAUUUAGCUAAUAAUAAUAACUGUGCAUUUGGUUUUUAUAGUGCUUUUCUGGACGCUCAAAGAAGUAAUGCAUUAUUGUAGCCACAGCUGCCCUAGCAUAGACUGACAGCUGCGAAUCUGUGCCAUCGACCCCUCCGACCAACACUCACUCACACCAUCCAAGUACGAAACAUUUUCAAGGUGGUAGCCGGACAUUCCAGGUGCACAAAGCCUGAAUAAUCCAUCACAUAUUACCUUUCAUAGAUUUCCAUUGACGACAAGUUUGUACUGGAUUUUGUUUACAUGCACGACAUACAUCUGUGUCAACAAGCAGAAAGUAGCAAACUCCUAAUAAGACGCUGAUGCCUUCAGAUAAAAGCCGUUGCCACAGUUAUUCAUGAUUUAUUGAUUAGAAGUGACAUAAUUGUGAUUUUGUUAUUGUUUUAUGAGGAUUCCCAUGAGCUAGUAGUCUGAAAUCCUCUUAAAAAAGCCAUUUCACGAUAGAAAAUAGUGACAUUUGCAAAACAGAGGAUAAUGCAAACACUUAAAGUAGAAGUAAAACCUGUUGGCGUGGUCAUCUGCAGUAACUCUAAACAUAAAUCGUAAACAUAAAUCGCACGUUUGCUCAGAUAAUCCAUCAAUAACUAUAUUAAAAUGCAUUGAAUUGUAUGUAAGUCUAGUCUAGAGUGUUUUAGUGAGUAACUUCAGCAGCGAUAACUUUGUUAUCAUCAGAUGGCAAUAUUUUUAACAUUUCUGCAUUACUUAUUUGCAUUACGGUACCUUCUUAGAACUAAACCAGGACUAAACCAGGACAGGACCUGAACCAGGACCAACCCGGGACAAGUGUGAAUGAAUACUCCCUCAUUAUGUAGUGAAGUAUUGUGCAGUAAACAUCACGCUUGUUUUGUCAUAACUACAGUGAGUGAGAGCAAGUAAAGAGUGAGGCCAAAAAGAUUUUAUUUUUAUAUCAACCACUUUACAAAUGUCCUUAAAAUGUUUGGUUUAAUCAAAUAACGUAAAAAUUGACCAAUGUAAUACUUCUUAAUGAAUGAUUUAAUACUGUAUUUUGUAGCGUUGUUGGAGUUUAACAGUCGAAAAAGUUCUUAAAGUGGGACUAAACAUCACUACGAAACUGCGUAUAUGGUGCCUGAAUAGUCCUUUUUGGCAACUUGAAUCUAAGUUUGUGCUGCCUUCAGGGGCCUCUGCAAUUUCCAGUAGUUGGUGACAUUACACAUGACUACAUUGAUCACAUCCAAGUGUUUUUGAACAGAAGCGGAGUCUGAAGUGUGGAAAAACUGUUCCUUAUACCUCUAGACAGGCCCGUCGACAGAAAUUUUGGGGCCCGGGGGAAGAAACCUCAACUUGGGCCCCCUUCUAAUAUAAAUUAAUAUGAAGAGGGUUCAAUUCUGGGCGCUUAAUACCCAGGGGCUCGGGACAAUAGACCCCUUCUCCCGACUUAUUCUCCUCUUCCAGGUUGGGGGUGUAGUUUAGGUGUUAAGUCCCACUUUAAAUACUGUAUUUUGUAGAGUUUUUGGAGUUUAACAUUCAAAAAAGUUAAUGUUUUUAAUGUUUUCUUACCAAACUGUAAAAUGGUGUUCACUCGUCAAUAAGCUCCUCCAUCUGUAAUGUCUCCGAUCAUUUUUCACUAGUCUUUGUUAAUCCAUUGUACAUUUAAACUGCUGAGUUUUUGCAAGUUUUUUUUUUUUUUUUUUACAAAGGACAAUUCUCAUUUUAAAAAACAUUCAUGAGCCAUUUAUUUUUGUAUGAAUUUCUUUGCUUUAUUUUUGGCUCUGUUUUUAAAUACCAUGUUUUUGUUACUGUUGGUUCCACGUUGUCUGAAUAUAUUUGAAUUCAUUACAUAAUAAACAUUUCUAAUUAUGUGUAAUUUU